AUGCUGGCGGUGGGGCAGAUGGAUGGCACCCCCCGGCAGAGCGCCUUCCUGCUCAGCAGCCCGCCGCUGGCCGCCCUGCACAGCAUGGCCGAGAUGAAGACCCCGCUCUACCCCGCCGGGGCGUACCCGCUGCCGCCCCCCUCCGCCGCCCCGGGCGGGCUUUCCUCCUCCUCCUCCUCGUCGCCCUCCUCGGCCUCCGCCUCGCCGUCCCCGCCGCUGGGCUCCCCGACGCCGGCGGGCCUCAAGCCGCCCAACGCCGGGGCGCUGUCGGCGCUGGGCUCCCCGCCGCCGCAGCUCUCGGCCGCCACGCCGCACGGCAUCAACGACAUCCUCAGCCGGCCCUCGGUGCCCCCCGGCGCCGCCGGCGCCUCCUCCGCCGCCGCCUCGGCCUCCGCCUCGCCCGCCGCCGGCCUCCUGGCCGGCCUGCCGCGCUUCAGCAGCCUCAGCCCCCCGCCGCCCCCGCCCGGCCUCUACUUCAGCCCCAGUGCCGCCGCCGCCGUGGCCGCCGUGGGACGCUACCCCAAGCCGCUGGCCGAGCUGCCCGGCAGGACGCCCAUCUUCUGGCCGGGCGUCAUGCAGAGCCCCCCCUGGAGGGACGCGCGCCUCGCCUGCUCGCCGCAUCAAGGCUCGAUUUUGCUUGAUAAAGACGGCAAAAGGAAACACACCAGACCGACUUUUUCCGGCCAGCAGAUUUUCGCCUUGGAAAAGACUUUUGAGCAAACCAAGUAUUUAGCCGGACCGGAAAGAGCGCGGCUGGCUUACUCGCUGGGCAUGACGGAGAGCCAAGUCAAGGUUUGGUUCCAGAACCGGCGGACCAAGUGGCGGAAGAAACACGCGGCCGAGAUGGCCACGGCCAAGAAGAAGCAGGACUCGGAGACGGAGCGGCUGAAGGGCGCCUCGGAGAACGAGGACGACGACGACGACUACAACAAGCCCCUCGACCCCAACUCGGACGACGAGAAGAUCACGCAGCUGCUCAAGAAGCACAAGACCGGCGCGGCCGGCGGCGCCGCCGCCCUCCUGCUGCACACGUCGGAGACCGACGGCUCCUCCUAG